ACAUUCAUGUAAUGGUGGCAUGUGCGGUGGUUAUUGUAGUAGAUCCGGUAGAUCCUUAGGGAGAGAAAACAGAAAGUAUACUUGGAACCUAAUUAAUGACACUCCAAAGUUAGGCCGGUGAACAACAAUCUCGAAACAGUUCGAACACGGUACAUACCGUUGACGCACUGUUACAACACUGGAUGUUGCACUAGGGCGCUUAUUGAUGGAUCGCGCAGGCUCUGAUUCUGAAGAUGAAAAGCGUUCAAGAGAACGCAGUAGGUCCAGGCGCAGGACUCCUGAAGGUUCUGAUUCUGAAGAUGAAAAGCGUUCAAGACAACGCAGUAGGUCUAGGCACAGGACUCCUGAAGGUGCCUCGAAGGAAUCAAGGCACAGGGAAAAGAAAGAACCAAGACCGGAAUCUUCCCUACGUUCAAAGAAAAGGAAGUUCAAAGAUAAUGCUAAGGGUCGCCAGUAUGAAUGCGCGCUCUGUGACUGCGUCUUCUACACUGUGAGCCAGUACAACCUGCACAUCCAGAGCUUUGAACAUCGUAAGCGGGUGAUUGCUAGGAGAAGUGCUGCUGCUCCUUACACGGUGCCAGGUAAACGGGGACCCAAGACACAUUGCGCCAUCUGCAAUGUUUUCCUGAACAGCGAGAAGCAACGUUCCGAACACUUAAAUGGCAUUCGCCACAAACAGCUCUGCUUUAAGCUCAAUGUUCCGCUGUCAUCUCUCAAGAUAUCGGCAGACCAUACAGAGACACUCGAAGAUACCAGAUUGGUUGGAAGUAAGCUGAUGUGCAAGCAUUGCAGCGUUGAAUUGAACUCCAUGCAACAAUAUGAAAUACACAUGAAGAGCAAGAACCAUUUACUCCGAAAGGAGCACAAGACUGUGAACCACACAAAGGCAGUGCUAAAAGCUACAAAGGCACUUUCCAUUAAAAACAAGAAGAAACUAAAGGAGGAAACACCUAAGGAGGACAAGCCUCGUGACGAGAGAGGACGGGAAACAUCAGAUGAUGAAUCUGCAAAUGAUAAAGGUGACACGCACGAACUUCCCAUCAAAGUCAAAAGGCGGAAGAAAGAAGAUGAUGGAAAUGUUUCAAAGGUUCUGGAAAAGUAUGGCUUUGAUGAACUCAAAGACCUGAACUAUGGAGGAAAGCCAUUGUACCAGAGGGUGUUGGGUGCGGCACAAAAAGCUAAGAAGCCGCCAAAGCCAGUGCCAUAUAUGUGUGACAUCUGUCAGGUGUUUGUAAACUCAGCUUUUCAUUUAAAUGAGCAUUUGUUGACAAGAGGGCACCGUGAAAAGAUGCGCCAGCUCAUCUCUGGUAAAAAGAAGGACACCGAGCCAGAAGAUGACGAGGGUGACUGUUCAGAGAACAAAAGACAGAAGCCUGAACUGUACUGUGAUAUUUGUCAGUCUAUGAGUGCAAGUAAGCCCUUGUAUGAUUCACAUUUACAAGGCAAGAAGCACAAGUUCCUUGCUGAACUAAAACAAAAAUCUGACCGACCACAGAAACCAAGCAACACACACAAAUCGGGCAAACAGAGUGUAGAAGCAGGCCCGCUUAAGGGAGUUGAACUUUACUGUGAGAUCUGUCAAGAAACCCACACAUCCCAGAAGGCUUUUGAUGAGCACAUCAAAAGCAAAAAACACAAGUUUCUUUCGGAACUCAAGCCUCCAAACCAGAAGCCUCAAGCACAAACUUCUAAAGGGCAGUCCGCAGCACAGGGUGCCGAAAGAACCAGCCGUGUCACAUCUGAUGACGCAAAGGCAAAACAGCAGCCCUCUGGAGGCAGAAGUUCAGACGGUAGAAAGAGGCACCGCAGUGGCUCUGGCGAUAGAGCAGAGCGACGUGACAAGCAGCGCCUGUCAACCUACGAGAGGCUUGUGCUUGAAAGGCAGAAAAUUCAGAAGGAGCUUGAGAAACGGGAGAAGGAGAUUGAAGAACAGAAAAAGCUGGUUGAAAAGCUUCAAGUGGAAAAGCAGGAGGAGAAGGAGAAAGCAGUCCUGCGGAAGAUGAUAGCGGAGUGCCGUCAGCUCCUCGAGGAACGACACCGUAAGGUGGCCGAGAUGAAAGCCAGGGAAGAGGCGUGGAAGAGGGACGAAAGUCCUUCCUCGAGGUCCAGCGACAUGUGGAACCAUAGUCCUCCUCCGGGGAACGAAUAUCAGUGCGUAGGUAACGAGCUGCAGCCACGUCCAAGGGAAUUCGAAGGGCCCGACUUUCGUGAGGGCCAGGGUGGGCAGCGGAUGUUUUUUUCAGAGCGAAAGAGUGAAUCAGACUCACAAGGGGACACGUUGCAGCCAAGAUUCGCUCACGGUAGUCCAGGAAGCCACGAGCUGUUAGGUGAUGAACCAGGAAGGUUUAGCCAACGGAGCAUGUCCCCAGAGGACUUUAACAGGAGACAUCGUGUUUGGCAGAAUGAGGAAGUGAGGAGGGGCAGCGAGAGCACCUUUCCGAUUUCGAGAAACGUGCCCCUGAACCGGAUAGAGUCGGCAACGCAGGGGCAACAGUUGCGCUCUCAGCCAGUCGAGCAGCAAAGUGAUUGCGCUGAAAGCUGGCCUGCUACGAAUACAUUAGAUAAGCGAAGACCGUCAAGAAACGUGCAGUCUUGGGAUGAUACAACCGAUAUGCUGCAGGAGAGUUUUACUCGUGAAUCUGAGGGAAAAUUUUCCCGCUCUCCUGCACAAUGGCCUAAUGAGGUGUCUGUGCAGGGGCAACCCUGGAAGGAGCAUAGGAGUUCACAGCAGGAAGCCGAGGAGUGUCGCAGUAAUUUCCGAGCUGCUCCACAGAAGCGUCUGCCUCGUGAGACAAAUGUCUCUUCUAUUACAGUACAGCAGUUUGGAGAGUCAUCAAACAUGUUGUACAGCAAAGAUGAAGACAGCCAGCAGCUGAGCGGCACGUCUUUUCAACCAUGGUGCGCUAGUCAGGAGUCUCAACAGUUACCAGAAUGGUCGAUCAACCAGGAAGUUGAUGUCGGCUCAAGAGGUUCAGACCAUGUCAAUGAUAGGUGGCAGCACUGCAACAGUUCUGCUCCUGUUUUGUCGCAACAUGGAACGGGAAACUUGCAACAACUCUCUGCUAAUCCCGAACAGUCUGUGUGGCAGAAAAAUGAAGAUCAGUGGCCACCUGCUGCAGAUGUUACUCCCACUGUUCCUUCACAGCCCGCUAGGCAAAUUCAGCCUGCUAAAACUUUUUUUGAAAACAUAGAUCAGUGGAAACCACGUUCCAAUCUGGUGCAUAUUCAGACAGUAGACAUCAAGCCCAUUCAGCAUCGUGAGUACAGUGCUCUUAAGCAAGUCCCUAUUGUAGAAAGUGUCUCAACAGGAACUCCUGGUCACACAACUGAGAGUUGUUACCAGAGGCAAACAUGUGAGCAGCAGAUUCCUGUUAUUUCACAGCAUGGGUCAAACAGGUCAGAGAGAGAUGAUAACCGGGAGGCAUAUGAUAGCAAAAACAUGGAUGACAGUUUCCCAACAAGCCAGCCACCAGCUCCGAAGAGGAGAGCUCUUUUGCCACUUCCUGUUCCGAAGGAAACCCUUGUCAUGCAGAACCCUCGGGACUCAGGCAAGCUUGACAGCAAAGUCAGAGGGGCAAGGGACAAGGAUGAAAAAGAAUGCCACUUUAUUUCAAGCAUCCCCGUCAAAGCAAAUUACGCAGGAGCAGAAAGACAGCAACCUUGGUAUGAUCGUAGUGCCCUUGGGGAAGACCUCUUCCCAGGAAUGCAGUGUCUGCCUCAACAAAAGGAGCCUACUUUGGCACUCCGUGCCCCAAGGGAGAGCUACACCAAGGAAGACCCCUGGAGCUCGCGCAAUGUUCCCCUUCUUGACAGCAAGACAGGAUAUGCAAGAGUCAAGCAAGAGGACAAGUAUGAGGCAAAGCCACCUGCAGGUACAAGCAAUGCAGCAACAUCUUCAGAGACACAUCCUGGGUGGUCCCGGCAGGGAGUUCGCUCUGGUGAUCGUAGCCCUCACGAAGAUCCCGGGAGUCAUCCAGCUCAGCAUAUUGCGCGUUCUGGUGGAAGCGUGCAUACAAGCUAUCAGGAUUGGCCACUUGCAGGUGGAACAGAGUCCACACGUUCUGACUCAAGAUGGGGUCAUGGCCCGCAGGGUGAUAGCUCAAGAUUUGGUUCUGUACGCGAGCCAGACGACAAGCCGAGCUGGAGUGUGUCGGAGAGUAAUAUGCCUGCAUACUCCCAUGAAGACAGGCAGGGGUGGACAGAAUCGAGCUCUGGUAUGCAUUGGGAUAGGUCAUCAAACAAAGAGAAGGGGUUCGACACAAAGUGGGAAUUUUCUGGGAGGCAGUCUGCAGGCAAGGAGCAGAGCCCAGACGGAGCCAAGACGUCGACAACAUCUCUGUGGGGAGUAGGGUCAAAUGAAGGCACUGUGCGUAUUCCUGGAUUCGAUUAUGUGUGAAAGAAUGUUUUGCGCACCCAACUGUCUUGUAAUCUUGACGGGGGGGAUGUAAUAGUGUCGUAUCUGUGUUUACCACCGUACCAUCAAUACGAUAUCAGUGUGGCAUUGAGCAUUUGAACGUGGUAGGAGGAAAGCCAUGGGGCUACAUGCAACCACACUACAAUUUUUAGCAGUGGAUGCUGCGAAUGAUACGAGCCGUAUCUUUUAUUUUUCGAAGAGAACUAUAGGUGUGCUUGUUAUGGUUUGUCCUGUAUCUUUGAUGGAGCAUUUUUUUUGUUUCCUUUGUGUGCGGUGUUAUCACUCACCUGUUACAUUGGAACAAACUCCUUCAGUGUGAAGGGGAUGUAUUGUGCAUUGGAGUUUAUUGUUUAUUUCAUUGUAACAUGGCAGACCAUGUUGUUCAAAAAAUAAAUCUGGGCUUCAUCCGUA